AUGGUUUAUUCUCAAGCCGGCUUGAAUCUCACUUCAUUGAGUGAUCACAAAAGUCAAACUCUUAUCAAGCUCCUGUCAUUUGAAAAUGCCCUCUAUGCAAACUUCACCUAUUCAAAUCUUCAUAGAUCACUGAAAUAG